AUGACAGCCCGAAUUGCGCCCGUGGAGCCCUUGGUGGUUAUCUUGGGCUCGACCGGAACUGGAAAAUCAGAGCUCGCAGUCGAACUCGCAACUCGCUACAAUGGCGAAAUCAUCAACGCAGACGCCAUGCAGAUGUACAAAGGCCUGCCCAUCAUCACGAAUAAGAUUACCACCGAAGAGCGCCGCGGUGUCCCCCACCACCUCCUCGACCACAUCGGUCUCGACCAACCCACUUGGAUUGUCGAGGACUUCAAGCGCGAGGCCAACAAGGUCAUCCGUGAGAUACGCAGCCGGGGCAACUUGCCCAUCGUCGUCGGCGGCACGCACUACUAUACGAAUGCGCUCCUCUUCGAAGACACCCUUGUCGGCGCAGACGAUGAGACAUCCAAAGAAGGCGCCGCAGACGUCAAGGACGAAGAAGCAUCCUCGUUCCCGAUUCUGAACGAGCCGACCGAGGUCAUACUCGCCAAGCUGCGGGAGGUUGAUCCUGUCAUGGCGGACCGGUGGCAUCCCAAUGACCGGCGCAAGAUCUCGCGCUCGCUGCACAUAUACCUGCAACACGGCCGCCCGGCGUCAGAGAUCUACGCCGAGCAGCGCCAGCGCAAGGCUGCCGAGAACGAGCCCGAGGGCGGUAGCAAUGCAAGUCCGUGGCAGACACUACUCUUCUGGGUAUACUCCGAACCCGAAGUGCUCAAGGAGCGCCUCGAUAAACGCGUGGACAAGAUGCUCGCCGUUGGCCUCAACGACGAGACACAGUCCAUGUACGAGUACGUCCAGGCCAAGGAGGCCGCUGGCCAGGAGGUGGACUACACCCGCGGCAUCUGGCAGUCAAUAGGCUUCAAAGAGUUCUCGCCUUACCUCAAGGCCCUGAACGCCAGCGAUCCUCUCACCGAUUCGGAUACAUUGGAGGCUCUCAAAGCCGUGGGGCUCGAAGAGAUGAAGACGUCGACGCGGCAGUACGCAAGGUACCAAACCCGCUGGAUCCGCACCAAGAUUGUGCCCCUCCUCCAAGAGCAGCGCGGCGCACUGGACCGCCUCUUCAUCAUGGACAGCACCAACGUGUCUCAAUGGUCGACCAACGUCGCUGAACCGGCCGUCGAUAUCGCGAGGCGUUUUCUCGAGGGCGACGCCAUACCCGCGCCCGCGGACCUGUCGGAGACGGCGCGGGAGGUGCUCAGGGAAGCGACGGCGCAGACGGAGCGCACGCUGUGUCGGCGGACGUGUGAGGUGUGUAAGACGACGUGCGUCACGGAGCAGGAUUGGACGAAGCACAUCAAGAGCCGGCGGCACAAUGUACUGAUGAAGAAGACGAAGAGGAGGGCGCUAGUUCCUGCUGAGAGGCCCUUGGCUGUUGUACCUGCCGAGGUUGAUCGAGAGAGGGCUGGCUCUUCAGCGGAUCGAGGAUCGAGUCCCGAGGUCGAUGGGCUGGGCAUAUUUGAUGCGGCGUCGUGA